GAGAAAGAAAAUAUUAGAGAAUUGGGUUGGCGGUAACCUUUGUCACAAGGCAGAACUCUGCACCUUCCUUUCUCUCCAUAUUCUUUCACUCUCCACUAUUUAAAAAAAGCUUCCCCUCUUCUUUUUUUGCUUUCUCACAUAAAUCUCACCACCAAUAUUCACUUUCCAAUUCUCAAUUUUUUUAACAAAAAAUCUCUCCUCCGUCAUGGACUCUGGCGAAUCAAACCUCCCUCUCCUCCUCCAACACUCAUACUGCAGAUCCAAAUCCCUAACCUCCGAUGAUCUUCGCAACUUCCGAAUCAGCCUCAAAUGGUGCGCUCUCGACCACUCCUCCGCCGCCGGAAAGUUCUUCUCCUACUUCACCUUCACUUUCCUGACCUUCGUCGUCCCUGGCGUGGCGAUCCUCGCCGUCCGAGAUCCGGCCGACGAUCCGAUCUCGUUCAAUAAACUGGUUCAGGUUCCGGAAUCCGGACUGGCGGCGGUCGGAUUCUUGAGCCUGUGCCGAUUCUUCCGGCGGUACGGACUCCGGCAGCUUCUGUUCUUGGAGGGAUUGCAAGAAGAUUCAGUGUAUGUGCAGAAAGGUUAUGCGCGUGAACUGGAGAAGUGGUUCCGUUGCGUUGCGUACAUUCUUUUUCCGUCGUUCUUCGUUGAGUUGGCCCACAAGAUCAUAUUCUUCUCCACCGUCAAGAUUUCAUUUCCGAUGAACAAGGCAGGGUUUCCAGUGAACUCGAUUUUAUUCAUAUUCGUGUUGGGAUCGUGGAUGUACCGAACUGGGGUGUUUUUGCUCGUUUGUGUAUUGUUCCGGCUCACAUGCGAGUUGCAAAUUCUUAGGCUACAAGGGGUUCACAAGCUGUUCGAAACGAGCAGCGGUUCGGGAUCGGAUGUGGUGGUGAUCUUCAACGAACAUUUGAGGAUCAGAAAACAGUUAUCGGUUACGAGCCAUCGGUACCGAUUCUUCAUAAUUGUGUGCCUGCUCGUUAUUACAGUUAGCCAGUUUGUUGCAUUGCUCUUGGUUUUAGCCUCUAAAACUGACAAAAAUUUCUUCAAUUCUGGCGACGUUGUGGUUUGCUCGGCAGUUCAAUUAUGCGGAUUCUUCUUGUGCCUAUUUGGAGCUGCAAGAAUUACUCACAGAGCACAAGGAAUCGCUUCGGUUGCAACCCGAUGGCACAUGCUAGUCACCUCCGCUGCCACUGGAUCCAACCCGACCAAAUCUCUGCCAUUGCCACCAUCCGUCGACGAUAAAAAAGACAACAAUAAUAACAGUAACAGUGACGACGACAACGACACCGAUUCAGAUUCAUCAUCGGAUGUUUUGAUUUCAGUGAACACACAAGAACCUUCUUCCUUCCAAAUCAGACAGGCUUUAGUGUCAUAUUUGCAACACAACAAUGGAGGAAUUACACUGUUUGGAUAUGCAUUAGAUCGAGGAUUGCUUCAUACACUCUUCGCAUUCGAAUUUUCUCUAGUUAUGUGGAUUUUGAGUAAGGUUGUCGUAUUAUCUUAAACCAAAAAACCUAAUCAAACUUUUAACAAAAACUUGCAUUUUUAGGUCAAGUAAUUUUAUAAGAAAUAUUGUAUUGUCAUAAGUGGAUAAAAGAUUCAUUAUUACUCUAAACAGCCAUGUUUCAUCUCUCAUAGUGGAAUUGUGGUAGUAUGCGUUGUUAUUUAAAAAUAGAUUUAAGAAAAAUAUUAUUUUAGUUCUAGCAUUUGAAAACUCUGUCA